AUGGAAGAAUCAAACCUUCCUCCAUUGAAACCAAACAGCAGAAAUAAUUCUCAAGAGAGAUUUAAAGAGGAAGUUUCACCUAUCAAUGUAAAAAAGAGAGUUCUCAAGCAAUUUAUGGACAUUCAAAACAUGGAUAAGCAAAUUGAAGCCAUCAAGCAACAAUUACCAUUAAAUCUCAAUAAGAUGCUUCUACAAAUUCGUCAAGAAACACAAAGAUUGAUUGAAACAGAAACUCCAACGAUUUCACAAAAUGAUUUCGAAAAUUACAAAGAUCUUCUUCAGAAUUUUGAAGAAAAGUAUAUGCUUAAAGCAGAUCAAACAAUCAGCGAUGUUACUUUGCAAAUAAAAACAACAGCUAAUCAAUCAUUCGAAAAAUCAAUAGAGGAAUUGAAAAACACAACCGACCCACGCUUAGACAUGAAGAUUGAAUCACUUAGAUCCCUAUUAAAGCAGCAUGAAAAAAGAAUCAACAAUAAAAUUUCAUAUUUAGAGCAUGAAGUUAGUAAACUAGGCAUUAAACCAACAGACAGUGGUGCUGUUAAUACAAUUUCAAGAGUUAAAAGAACCUUGGUUAAUAAUUCGAAUGAUUUAAAGAUUAUUGAGUCAAAGCUCAAUGACUUACAAAGAGUUGCCUCUAAAAAAGCACAGUCUUCAACUUCUCCUAUUCAAACAAACAAUAACAUUACAAUUGAAUCACUUUCUAAUUUUAUUCCUAAAAAAGUUGUUGAUGAACCACCAAACUUAACAGAACCACUAGCCUUACUUCAACAAGUUGUUACAGAGUUCGAAAAAGAGUAUUCUGAGAAGUUAGUUUCAUUAGAUGAGAAAUCUGUUUCAAUUGAAGAGUCAAUUGACGAACUAGAUGGAAUGAUUGAUGAUUUAACUGCUGCUACUAACGAAAUUGAACUUCAUACAAAAGAAACAGAGACUCUUUGCAAAGAACUCACCCAAUCAAUAUCAAAAAUUUCAUCAAAAUUAAAUGAUGACAGCCAAAACUUAGUUAUACAGAGAACUGCACUCCAGAUACAACAGUUGUCUUCUUCAACGCGAAGUGAUAUUACUAAUCUCUAUAACAAGGUGAAAAAGAUAGAAUUAUCACUUCCUCUUUGA